AGGAUUUGGGGGAUUUCCUUCCCGUUUUUAAAGGAUCAGGCUUGAAGUUCCGCUCGGGAGGAUCCAAUUUGCGCCGGGAUGGCUCUAAGCUCCCGAGCUCACGCUUUCUCCGUUGAAGCCUUAGUGGGGAAAUCCGCAAAGAGGAAACUGCAGGACUUCAGAGAUGAGAAACAACCGCAUCGCGCGGAGAAGGGAGAGGAGGACGGGACCGGCUGCAGAGGGACCGGGAAAAGCCAGGAACCUGAAAAGAGACCUAAAGCAGGCACAUCAGCUUCUUUCUCGGCUAGCGCCGAAAGUCGAGAAGCGAAGGAUGAUAUCCACGUGGAACUGCAAGGAUCUGAACUCUGGAAAAGAUUUCAUGAGAUCGGCACGGAAAUGAUUAUUACCAAAGCCGGCAGGAGAAUGUUUCCCUCUGUCAGGGUGAAAGUGAAGGGUCUGGAGCCAGCGAAACAAUAUUACGUCGCCAUUGACGUGGUCCCUGUGGACUCCAAAAGAUACAGGUAUGUCUACCACAGCUCCCAGUGGAUGGUGGCUGGGAACACAGACCACUCCUGUAUAACGCCCAGGCUCUAUAUCCACCCGGAUUCCCCCUGCUCGGGAGAGACCUGGAUGAGGCAAAUCAUCAGCUUCGACAGGGUGAAACUCACCAACAAUGAGAUGGACGACAAAGGGCAUAUUAUCCUGCAGUCCAUGCACAAGUACAAACCCAGAGUGCACGUGAUUGUGCAGGAUUCCAGAUUUGAUCUGGCCCAGAUCCAGUCUCUGCCAGCGGAAGGGGUUAAAACCUUUUCAUUUAAGGAAACCGAAUUCACCACUGUAACGGCUUAUCAAAACCAGCAGAUUACCAAACUGAAAAUAGACAGGAAUCCCUUUGCUAAAGGAUUUAGAGACCCUGGGAGAAACAGGGGAGUGCUGGAUGGACUUUUGGAAACAUAUCCAUGGAGGCCACCACUUACUCUGGAUUUUAAGACCUUUGGUGCAGAAACUCAAGAUGGGAGUUCUGGUUCUUCACCUACAACCUCAAGUGGUGGGACGCCAUCUCCUCUGAACUCCUUGCUUUCUCCAUCUUGCUCACCUCCUACGUUUCACUUGUCAGCGAGCAACAUUGGAGGGUCAUGCCCUGAAACAUAUCUACAUAAUCUCAAUUUGCCCCUUUACUACAAGAUUUGUCCUACAAGCCUUUUGAGACAACAGUCACUUGUAUUUCCAAGCCACGAAAAACUGGGAGGCACUCCACAUAUUUUGCCCCACUUCAUGAUGGAUGUGCCUGUGCUAUCUUCCCUUGGCAUAACAAAUCUGAAAAAUGGUAAAUCUGAAGACUUAACUGGGCAGUGUCUACAAGUACCCAAUUCUGCUAAUCAAAUGUUGUAUGGAUUACAUGCAUCUGGAAACAUUUUCCCAUCAAGUCCCAUUGCUCGGGAAGCACUUAAUUUUUCUUUACAUUCUCCAUAUGGCUUGUAUGGUUAUAACUUUUCUAUGCCAUCUAGACUGAUGAACGCAACAAGCCAUUUCAAAGUGAAUGACAGCAUUCCGACUUCUUUUAGAGAUGGCAGAUGUAAUCAUUCUAUCUGGCACUCAGCAAUUAACCAUUGCCUCUAAUGGAACUAUAUAACGUUUCUACCGCAGUGACAUGUAAGCAAGUCUUUUCUUCAGUCGUUCCCAAAGGUUUGCUGAUUAUUGUAUAUAAAGUGCCUCAUAAUACAGGAGUGACCUGCCUCGAUAUUUAACGUUUCAUAUGCAACUGUGUUGUAAAAAAUGUUCUGAGCAUGGGGGACAACAAAAUAGCCAACAACAGAGAGAUGCCUUUUGGUAAGCGUUAUUUAUGUAAUGUUCAUAGGAUAGGCGCAAACUUUACAUUCACCCUUUUAAUAUUUGCACUCUGCAGCAGGAAUGAACCUCAGCAACUAAGUAUAAUAAAUACACAGUACUUUAAACAUUAUUUUCAUGAAACUCUUUAUCUAGCUUCCCCUUUAUUAUCUUGAAGAUGAAGGGCUAGCUUCUGCUCACCUUACUUGAGUUGUCCUACUGAUGUUAAUGGGACUAUCUGAGGCCCUGAUUUAGCAAACCGUCCCUAUUCAGCUAUGUGCUUAAGCCCAUGGUUAAGACUUAUUGACUUUAUGGGGCACACUUCGAGCGAAGCAAGCAUCUUGCUGACUCAAGACCUGAAUGAACCAGCUUAGUAGGAUUUGGUCCCAAAUCUAAACAUUUGAUGUUGAAGGAAGCAAAGACUGACCCACAGUCCAAGGGCUUGAUUAUUCCUGGCCUAGAGUGGUGGGGAAAGGGCAUCUGAUGAGAGAAGAGUUCAAGGUGCCUUCCUGUGCCUAUGCCCCUACACAGCACACUCUGCUCAUUGUGCUUUCCUAAGGACUCCACUAGAUAAUGCUGAAAGUGGCACUAGCCCAGUCCAAAGUGGGCAGGGAGGACAGGGCAGGGCCAUGUCACCCUUCAUGUUGGCCAGCUGGUCCCAUAUAAGGGGAGCUCAGGAUGCAGAUCUCAGAACUCCAGGAAACAUUGAGCCUAAAAGUGAGACAAAACUUUUCCUGAAGCACUUGCUGGGGGAGUGCUCAUCUGCAUUUCCUCCAACCCCUCGGGGCAUGAAGGAAAAUAGGAAUUGCCAGACUGGAUCAGACCCAUGGCCCAUGUAGUCCAUUAUCUUCUCUCUAACAGUGGCCAGCAUCAGGUGCUACAGAGAAAGGUAUAAAAAACCUACAGCAGGCAGAUAUGGGGUAAUCUGAUGCCAUAGAGAUCUCAUAUUGAUCCCUAAGAGUUAGCAAUUGACAAACUCUGAAGCAUGAGGUUUUAAUUCCCUCCCAAUUUUUUUUUUAGCAUUAACUGUUCUAACUCUGGAUAGUCAUGCUACCCAUGUAAAUAUUCUCCACCACGCAAGGGCACAAUAGAACACUAACAGUAAUCCACGAUUGGAGGCAUGAUAUUUAUUUUUCUUUAUUUGAUGUAUAUUCAGGCCCUUCCUGAAGUCAGUUGAUUUGUACAUCUAACUCGAUAUAUAAUAGACAUUUGCAGAGAAUAUUUGACAGGAAUCAGACAGGUUGUGGAAUUAGAACUAGAGAGAGAGAGAGAGAGAGAAUCCUGAAUUUAGAAACAUAAAAAUGGUACUACAUUGCAAAUGCACGUGGAUUUAAGAAUGAAAAGUUAUUGGCAAAAUUCUAUUUUUACUCUCAUUCAUAAAUUUUAGUGAAACUAGACAAAAACAGGAGCAAAUGCUGUUUAAAUAACACAGUUUGAAGAUCUAUUGUCAUAGGACUUUUCUAAAAUGCAAAUGCAUUCUGGAGAUUGGUAGCUUUAGCAUUUCCUGCUGGUAGAGCUGCCUGUGACCUAUUCACACAACUCUCAUAUAUAUCAAUAAGAGAUGAGUGCUUAGGAUAUACAUAACUCUGUUAAAUUGAUAUCAAAACAGUUAGUAAUAUUGGAAAAAGGAGAAUAUCUACAUUCUAAUGUUAUUUUUUAGCAAUGUCUAGGGUUUUGUUUUGUUUUUUAAUUAAAAGUGAAACAUUGCAACGAAGCACUGUUUAUAACCAAAUGUCUUACAACCACCUUCACCCGCAAUGGGACAAAUCCCGACUGCUUUACUCACGUGAGUAGUUCCAUUGAAGACAAUGGACCAGAUUUUGCACAUUUGUAUCACAGAGAUCAGAAUAUUGGUUCAUCAGGACUGCUCACGAGAAUAACAGGAGCAAGACAUGGUCCUAAAUCUUGACUAAAUUACUGGGGGAGCAGGAGGAGGCUCUUCUAGAUCAGUCAUUUCUUUCUGGGUGGAUGCAAACGGUAAAUCCCAAAUUCCACAAUAACAGCAGUGAUUAAAUAAAAUAUUACAAUCACGAUAGAUUUGAAGUUGUGGAACAAAAUUGGUAUUUGUCCACUUAAAAGAAUUGAUUGAAACCUAAGCUAUAAAUUUUUGGCAUAGAAGACUUUAUGAAAACGUAUCAUUUAAAUCUGGAUCAAAUAAAUUACAUUUUUAUUUCCCAGAGCUGAGCGAACAAUUUGUCAAAAUCACCUUCUUUUCCCAUUCACAGAAUGUAUGAUGUAAACAGAAUAUGAUUUCCUCAAAUGUAUUUGUUAUUUGAUUAACUUUUCUCCACUUUUCUUUUUACCUUUUAAAAUGAGCAAUCAAACAUUUGAGUUGUAUUGUUUAGUUAUGAUCAUUCUUAUGAGUCACGUUAUCUUGUUUAUGGUUCCUGAUUGGAUAUGGAUAAUUCAGGUUCCUGCUGUGAAUACAAAUGGGAAACAAAUUUAAAAUGAAGUUUUUCAGAAGCAGGCAAGCAUAACUUUUGUGUUCCUUGAGCAUUCCAGGAAAACCCAAUCAUGCAAUUAUUUGCAGAGAGCAAAAAGGGGAAUGCAAACAUCGCUAAUCAAUUGUUUAACAUGAAUAUUUAUGGGACGACAUUUUUGUUGUGCUCAUGCAGCGCAAUGUGGUGGUGCAAUUGUUGGCAAACUCUCAGUGACUAUCAGAUACUUCAGCUAAAUUCAAAGGUACAUUUCAUUGUGCACUGGCAACAUCUAGUAUGAGCCAAAACCUAUUCACCUUACUCCCUCCUAGAGCGACUUCAGUGAUAUAGCACAAGGAAUUUGGCCCACAGAGUGAAUAUUCAGUACAGUGAGCCAAAUUUUGUUCUUGGCUACAGGUGUGGAACUCCACUGGCUUUACCCUUCAGAUCCAAACCAAAGGAAAAAGGAGAUUUGUUAGAUGUAUAAAGGAUAGAAUAAGAAUAAGAAUAAACUCUGUAUCAAAAGGCAAAUAAUAUAAAGGCAAGAUGUUAGGAUGUAGAUGAUGUGAAUUUAUUUUACUGUUUUUUUUCUCUCCUCUUGCGCUUAGCUCUUAAUUGUAUAAUUUCAAACACCAGUUCUGCUCCCAUUGAACUUAAAGAGAGUUUUACUAGUAAUUUAAAUGGGAACAGACUCAGGCCAGUUCACUGACUCAUGAAACCUCACAAAGGGGAGUGGAGCAUUUUCUACCAUUUACUUGCUGUGGUGGUAGCACUGUAGACAAUGAAAGGAGCGAGGCUCCUGAUCUGGCUCCCGCUGAAGACAAUGGAAAACCCCCAUUGACUUCAGUGGGAGGCCUAUGAGUGGGCUUCAGGGGUUCUAACUCACAGGGCCACAGGUAUGAGGUACUUACAGAACCAGACAUUGGUAUGAACAGUCUUAUCCAAAAAGGAAUCAACACUUUGAGUGAAAGUGUCUGGAGAAUAUUAUGUACUUUACACAUACUACAAAGGUGAAGGAGAAAAGGCUUCUGACUGGCGUGAUAUUAAACGUAUGAUUCAAGAACCCCAUGAAGUACUUUUUAACACACCUCUGUUGAGCUGUUUCUAAAUGUAAUUCUGCUAUUUGCUGUUCCACCAAAAAGUUUUAUGGAAGUUUGCAGAUUUUGACUCUGCGGCUGGACAAGUGAUUAAUAAGAAAUACAUAGACAAGCAAGGCACCGAGGAGGGGUGGGAGAGGGCAGGAGGAGAGAGAUGCCACAUUUUGACCUUUAUAUAGCAAGCACUAUAUAGGCCUUUCAAAAACCUAACAGUUGAUCAGACUGAAAUAAAUGACCCAAGGUUUUCGACCUGUGGCUAGACGUUUCUGCUUACGUGGCAAAACUCUGGCUAACUAUUCCAGGUCUGAUUUUCUUCUCUCUUACACCAGUUAUGCAACAUUGGCUUGAAUGGGAUUACUCUUGAUUUACAUUGGUAUAAAUGAGAAGAGAAUCAGGUCCUUUGAUUUUAGAACAUAUAACAUAUUUUUUCCAUUUCACUGAACAUUCCAUUUCACAUUUCAUUGUUCUCUCCAGCUCCAUAAUGAUUCUUUUUAAAAGAGUCACCAGUUUAUGACAAUAGCCUUGGGAAUUCUGGCCCCAAAUCAAUGAAGGUGCUUAGUGAAGUCCACUAACAUGGCACAUGCUGGGCUUAUUCCGUGUACAGUACAGCUAUUGGAAAGGAUGUGAUUUGAGCUUCCCUGUGAACAGUUGGAGGACAUUUCAUAAUCUGUGGAGUCCAUGCAGGUCAGAAAACCAGAAUUCCAAUCAGGCUGUGAAUAGCUAGCCCAGGAGACAGUAUCCAGAUGCGAAGGGUCCAACUUUUGAUAAAUUGGGAGAGUGCCAAGCGGAGCUAACAGCUACAUUUGUAAUAGCCAUGAUGGUAUUUUUGCCAGAAUUUGAACACCAUUGAAUAUAUGGUUUUGUUUAUAGUAGAAAAGCUAUGUCCAAAUGAUCAGUGAUGACUUACAAGUUUCCUUUUAGUUUUACCAUUUUAAACUGCUAGUAGUGAUGACUGAGUGACAGAACAUGAGAAAAUAAAUCACCACCAUUACUUCAAAUAUUCAUAAUAGUAAAUCUUUUUUUUUUUAAAUGUGCAAACGGAAUGAAUGAAAGACAACUUCAAAAGGACCAUAUGUCCAUAACAUGCAGGUGUAGUCUAUAUACUGUACCAAUGAAGUUCUUUUCUUUACUAUUACGUGGAAUAUAUGACAAGUGCAAAACUUCCAACUUUCUAGCCUCCGUCAGUGGAUUGAAAAUAAAAUAAACAUAAAAAUGCUGUGUGGGUGAAUUAAAUAGGGAGGGAAAUACAUUUCUCAAAAGCUGAAACUUAUUCCACAAAUUAAAAUGUUGUUAAUCCAACCUCAGAUUCAAAGCAAUUCAGAAAUAUCUUAUUAUAUUUACAGUACUCAGUGAAUUGAAUUGACAAUAUUUAAGCACUGUUUUUGUACUCCACUUUGGAAUAUGCUACAUUUGUGUUUAGAAACCUCUUCUUCAAUGAGACAAAAUAACAAUAGUGUUUGUGAAUCCAACUGUAGUUUACCAGUUGGUUUCACCAGAAUUUAAUAUGUUUACUGGCUAUGUUUAAAAUAAGCCAAAUGCAUCGUUUGGACAUUGGUGGUAGUUGCUUUGAUAUAAGUGCCUUAGUAUAUAUUUAAUCUUCUGAGGUUUGGGCUGCAAUUAGAUGAUAAUUGUUAUUAAAAUUAUAUAUACAAACCUGGAUUGGAUGGCAAUAUAAAACAGACAAAUAAAUAUAUAAAACACUUGAAACAUAUCCAGUAUUAAACGUAUUUACAUGUGUGGUUUGGGCCAUUUCAGACAUGCUGUUCCAAUAAAGUUAUAGAAAGGAAAAGAGCUAGUAUCACUUCCUCCAAAAGUUUCAAAUGUUCAUGUUUACAAAUUUGUACUGCACAUUAAUAUGUAAACAUACCGUAUUGGGAACAGAUGGAGAUACAAUAUUUACAUGUUCUUUCUUCAUAUAUAUAUAUAUAUGCUGGUUUUGUCUCUUAAAAGCACCUGAAAGAUGUACUAUUUAAAAAAAAAUAUGGAUGCAAAACCAGCCAAAUCAUACCACAUUAAAUUGUUAUUUUAAUUUU